UCCAGGUCUUAUAGAACUCAAUGGUUUACACCUAUAAAGUUCAUAAAAAAACUUCCGUAAAUUUUAACUAUGGAGCAAGAUGAUCUCGAAGAAAUGAAGCUAAUGAGAGAAACAAAAAGCACAAAGAAAACUGAUAACUCCAGCUUCCAGGAGGGAUUAUCUUCACAUACAUUGCCAGAUGAUGAAAAAAAAGAUAGUAUGUCUUCAUUGAUGGGUUUCUCUGGCUUUGGGAAGAAAGCUAGGCAAUUUGACAUCAAUGAAAUGAUGGCUGUAGCUAAGAGAAGGGUAGCAGAUGCAUAUGAAGAAAAGAGAAAAAUCAGAGAUGAUUUAGAUGUAGAUGCUGAUGAUGAAACUCUGUAUGUUACUAUGCCUUCAUGUAAUGAAACUCCAAGUGAUAAUAUUAGAGUCAGUCAGAUUGAAAAAGCCAAAGAUGACGACAGUGAUGAUGAAGACAAUUUGGAGGAUGAUGCUGAGGAUGGCAUAGCGUCAAUUGUUCCAUGCAGCCAUGAAAUCUCUUUGGGACAUGGUGCAAAGACGGUAUCAGCAUUAUCUUUGGAUACAAGUGGAGCUAGGUUGAUAUCUGGAGGACAUGACUAUGAUAUUAAGUUUUGGGACUUUAAUGCAAUGGGUACAUCAAUGUCAGCAUUCAGAAAUAUUCAACCAUGUGGCUGCCAUCAAAUUCGUUCUUUGGAGUACAGUUCCAGUGGUGAUACAAUUCUUGUGUGUUCGGGAAAUGCUCAGGCAAAGAUUUUGGAUCGUGACGGCUUUGAAGCAAUGGAGUGCAUAAAAGGAGAUCAAUAUUUGUUUGAUAUGGCAAAGACAAAAGGUCAUGUCUCCAUGUUGAACUGUGGAUGCUGGCAUCCUAAAGAUCGUGAAAAAUUUAUGACAUGUGGAGAUGAUGGUACUGUACGACUGUGGGAUGUUAACACACCGAAAAAGAAUAUUAAUGUACUAAAAACAAAAAGUGCUCAAGGGAAGAAAGCCAUACCAACACAUUGUGCUUACAGUAAAGAUGCAAAAUAUAUCAUUGCUGGUGUUCAGAAUGGAACAAUUCAUGUAUGGGACACUCGAAAGGCUUUUGUUCAUCCCACAUUUUUGAUGAAAAACUGUCAUGCAAAUGGCAGUGACAUUUCAUGUCUGAAAUUCUCUUAUGACAACCAAACAUUUGUGUCUAGAGGAGGAGAUGACUCAAUGAAACUUUGGGAUCUUCGCAGUUACAAAAAGCCAGUAAAUGUUGCGCUGAAUCUUCCAAAUGCAUUUUUGACAACUAGUUGUUUCUAUAGUCCUGACGAGAAACUUAUUGGUACUGGCACCUCCGUGAAAAAGGGACAGGGAGAAGGAAAAUUGGUAUUUUUUGAAAAAUCCACCUUCAACAAAGUCAUGGAAUUUUCAGUAGCAGAUUCUAGUGUCGUCAAUUGUCUAUGGCAUCCAAAAAUCAACCAAUUAUUCGUCGGUUGUGGCAAUGGAGAGAUAAAAGUUUUCUUUGAUCCUCAAAAAAGCAGAAGAGGUGCAAUUACUUGCAUAUCUAAAGCCAAGAAGAAAAGUGAAAGUCGCGAAAUGAUACUUCCACCAAGAAUAAUUACUCCGCAUGCCCUACCAAUGUUUCGUCAAAAUCAAGGUGGUGCUACCAUGAAGAAAGUGAAAGAUAAGCAACGCGCUGAUCCAGUAAAAUCAAGAAAACCUGAAACACCUCUGGCUGGUGCAGGAAAGGGUGGUCGCGUUGCGUCUGGUCUCAGUUUGUCACAGUUUGUUUCAAAGAAUUUAGCUGUAAAAAAUCUCGAUGAUUCUAAUCCUCGCGAGUCUAUACUUCGACAUGCUAAGGAAGCUGCUGAGAAUCCUUUUUGGGUCAGUCCCGCAUAUGCAAAAACGCAACCUCGAACAAUUCUUGUUGAAGAAGAAAAUGAAGAUGACGAAGAAGAGGAUGCUAGCCAAGCAAAGAAACUAAAGCUUUCCUGAUUUCCAAGUUCAGUGGUUCGUUCCAAGUACGUUGGAGCAACCUGUGAUAUCCAUGGUAUUACAUGAUUUGGUGGAGCAACCUAUGAUAUCCACAGUUGUAUACAUGGUUUAAGUGUAACAACCAGUGAUAUCCAUGGUAUUACAUGAUUUGGUGGAGCAACCUAUGAUAUCCACAGUUGUAUACAUGGUUUAAGUGUAACAACCAGUGAUAUCCAUGGUAUUACAUGAUUUGGUGGAGCAACCUAUGAUAUCCACAGUUGUAUACAUGGUUUAAGUGUAACAACCAGUGAUAUCCAUGGUAGUAUAGGGUGUGGUGGAGCAACCUAUGAUAUCCAUAGUUGUAUACAUUGUUAAAAUGAACCAACCUAUGAUAUCCAUGGUUUUUUACGUGAUUUAAGUGGAGCAAGCUAUGAUACAGUAUUUCACGUGUACUGAGAGAAAAAGAUGAAUUUAUAGACAAGAGAAUUGUUGCUGGUAUUUAACGAAUGUGUUAUUACGUAAGAGAAAACAAAGGUUGUUAUGUCAAGUAGUGAUAAUUCAAUAAAACAGGUCAAAAGUCAGUGAGCAGUUUCGUAUGCAAAACAUCAAAGUGUGGAGGCAUUCUUUUAGAACAAACAUCUAAUGUACUGAAAGUAUGUAUUUGAUUAAAUGAAUUGUUUAUUGAAUGUUCAUAAA